GCUGGCGGCCUACAACCUAACGUGCUGGGUGGACGCCCGAGUCUGAUUGACGUGAAGGAAGCGCAAUAAAAACUGUCUCUCCGUGGAGACCGACCAAUGGAGACCAAGAAAGGGAGGGCGGUGAUUUAAAAAAAAAUGAAACCAGCAAGUUUGGUUGGGAGGGCAAAUUACGAAGGUGGAGAAGGAGAAGAAGAGAGAGGGGGAAGGGGAAAAAAAAUCUUAUUGUCGUGAGGCCAGUUCUUUUUAUUUUGAGGGGAAAAUUUGUGGCGGCAGCGGCUUUUGGUCGACAUUUUUGAGUGGAAGUCAGGCGUGGCCUAUCGAAUGGUGUGUGCGGAGGUGGAUUUUUGUUGAUGUUUGACUAAUUGUUUGAGGAUCGGGGAGGAGGAGGAAAGAAAAAUAUAUUUGUCCCUUGGAGGAGGAGAUAUCACCUGACCCGUCGAAUCAGUGCGCCUCCAUGGCGGCCUGAGAAGCAUCAUGAACGAUGUCUGCUCCUGGGGGGGAUCCAGCAGCAGCAGAGAGAAAAAGUUGUUGAAGGGGAAUAGUACGGGAGAAAUAUCCGCCAUUUCUGUCCAGUCAUAGAUUUGCAAGAGGACCGAGAGCAAAGAGAAAGCAAAAGAGAGGGUUGGGAAAAAAAACCAACAUCACUUUAAUCCACACACAUUCCCUCUCCUCCAAAUCUGUCCUGUGAUUCCUGAGGAAAACAAGAUGUCUGCUGACCAUUAAUUUAAAAAAAAAUCCCCAGGAACAAAUCUAUAUCUAUUAUUUGUCUCAUCUUGUGGAAAGAAAGCUAAGAUGGAUUAAUAGCUGAAAUAGAAGAAAAAAUAGUUUGGCUUUUUUAAAAAAAAAACAUAAAAUUGACUGGAAGGAGUAGAGGAUGACUGGUGGUGUUGAGACAAAAUCUCACCUGCAUAUUCAGAGUGGAGGGAUUUACUGGGACCAAAUUUGUUAACUUCCUAGGACAGGAAGGAUAAUACUGAGGACCACAAAACCAUGGGAUUAGACGCUUGUUUUGCAAAAAGUGUCAGUUUAUAACUCUGCUCCUUUUCAGAUUGCUAGGAGUUCUAUGGUGGUAUGCUGUUGACCCCCUCAGGAUGAUUGGAUAAUUAUGAUGGCAAAAAAACAGGAUGUGCGGAUCCCAAACUACAGCAUCAGUGUCGUGGGAUUAUCUGGAACAGAGAAAGAGAAGGGCCAGUGUGGUGUUGGGAAGUCAUGUUUCUGCAAUCGAUUUGUCCGCCCUAAAGCCGAUGAAUUUCAUCUUGAUCACACAUCUGUCCUCAGCACCAGUGACUUUGGGGGCCGUGUUGUUAACAAUGACCAUUUUUUGUAUUGGGGUGAGGUUGGUAGGACGGUGGAAGAAGGAGUUGAAUGUCGAAUUCAUGUGGUGGAGCAAACAGAAUUCAUUGAUGAUCAGACUUUUCAACCGCAUAGGAGCACCGCCCUACAACCCUAUAUUAAACGUGCUGCAGCUACCAAAUUGGCAUCUGCUGAAAAGCUGAUGUAUAUUUGCACUGACCAGUUGGGUCUGGAACAAGACUUUGAACAGAAGCAGAUGCCAGAAGGUAAACUACUGAUUGAUGGUUUCCUUCUCUGUGUAGAUGUCAGUCGAGGUAUGAACAGGAAUUUUGAAGAGCAACUUAAGUUUGUCACAAACCUGUAUAACCAAAUAAUAAAAACAAAAAAGCCCAUUGUGGUGGUGCUGACAAAAUGUGAUGAAGGUGUGGAAAGGUACAUACGUGAGGCGCAUUCCUUCGCCAUGGCAAGAAAGAACCUCCAAGUGGUGGAGACAUCAGCUCGAUCAAACGUCAAUGUGGAAUUGGCCUUUAGUACUUUAGCACAGCUAAUAGAUAAAAGCAGGGCAAGACCCAAAAUAACUCCAUAUUAUGAAGCAUUGAAACAACAAAGUCAGCUGAUAGCUCAUGGAAAAGAUAAGUAUGAAUUUAUCAUUAGCCACUGUGUCACCCAUCAUAAUGAAAGUUGGAUGAAUGCGACUAGAAAAAUGCAAAUGAAACCUGAAUUCCAGGAGUAUGUGGAUCUAGAAGGAACUCUGAAGGCCAAAAAGCUGUUUGCACAGCAUGUCCUGAUGCUCAAGGACAAGCACAUUGAACAUUUAAAGAACAAAUACCUUAAUAGACUUGUGCUCGCUCUUGAUGCCCUAUUUCCAGAUCUGAAUGAGAUUGAAAACUUGAACUGGCCCUUGGCACAGCAGAGAUUGAAGACCAAGCAGGACUUCUCGACCUGGUUUGUUGUCCUUAGUGAGACACCAUGGGAUAAAACCGAUCAUAUUGACAAAGUGGAUGACGACCGAAUUCCAUUUGACCUGCUGGCUGGAAAAUGUGCAGAAGAUCAAUUCAGAAAACAUUUGGAGAAACUGAAGAAUGAAAGAAAGCGAGCUGAGAUGAGGAAAGCUUUCAAAGAAAAUCUGGGAUCGUCUCCUUUCAUAACCCCUGGAAAACCAUGGGAAGAGGCUAGGAGUUUUGUUAUGAAUGAGGAAUUUUAUCAAUGGCUCCAAGAGUCUGAGUACCAAGAUAUUUACAGUAGACAUCAACGUGAGAUUAUUGAUAAAGCCAAGGAUCAGUUUCAGGAAUUGCUUUUAGAGUAUUCUGAGUUGUUUUAUGAAUUAGAGUUGGACGCGAAGCCCAGCAAGGAGAAAAUGGGUCUCAUUCAGGAUGUUUUGGGUGAAGAACAACGAUUUAAGGCACUUCAAAAGCUGCAAGCUGAACGGGAUGCCCUUGUCUUGAAACACAUUCACUUUGUAUACCAUCCGACAAAAGAAACUUGUCCAAACAGUCAAAAAUGUAUGGACAGUAAAGUUGAACAGUUGUUGGCUGCUCGAUUUUAUCGAUCUUCUGAUCGAAGUCUUGUGAACUCUCAUUUGCACUCGAGUGCUGACAAACUCAACCUUGUACUUCUUGGCAAGGAUGGGCUUGCACAUGAACUGGCUAAUGAGAUUAGAGUCCUGUGUACUGAUGAUAAGUAUGUGCUUGAGGGCAAAAUGUAUGAAUUAUCAUUACGACCAAUAGAAGGAAAUGUGAAACAUCGGGUUAAUUCUUUUCAGACAUCUACCUUUCAACCUCAUGGUUGCCUUUGCCUCUACAACUCCAAAGAAUCGCUGUAUUACAUAAAGGAGAGCUUAGAGAAACUGAAAGAGUCGACAUUAGACCGAAGGGACAAUCACUUAGCUCAGCUGCCUCUAACCCUAGUUUUAGCAAACAAAAGGGAGAGUGGUGGAGAAACACUACAAACUUUGAGAAACCAUGGUCAACAACUUGCCAACAAAUUGCAAUGCCUUUUUGUUGAUGUAACGUCACACAGUGUAGGUUCUGGGCGAAACUUCAGUGAAUUGCAAAUCAAUCAGGCUUUGAAAGGCUUGUUGGAUACCAUGAAACGCAAUUUGAAUCUAGUAAGUGCAUCCCCCAGCAUUAAAGACUUAACUGAUGCAGAUCUUCGGGUAGUCAUGUGUUUGAUGUGUGGUGACUUAUUUAAUGUGGAUGAAGUCCUCCUCUCCAUCAUUCAACCUCAUUUUUGUAGUUCAUUGCAGCCUGGGAACAGCAAUUCAGUAAUGCUUGAAUUAACAAUUGGAGCAGUACGUAGAAGUGUUGAAGUAUCAAUCCUUUCCUAUCAUUCCUCUUUCAAUAUAAGGAAAAACCAGUUAGUCCAUGGGUACAUUGUUUUUUAUUUGGCUAGACGCAAGGCUUCUUUAGCAAUGCUCCGUGCCUUUCUCUCAGAUGUGCAAGACAUCAUACCUAUUCAGCUAGUAGCAAUCACUGAAGGAACUGAGGUGUCAGAGAGCGAUGUUUCACGGGACCAGCUUGAAGAAGGCCAGGAAAUUGCUCAUGAAAUCUGUGGAAGGUUUACUGCAAUUUCCAGUGGACAGCCAUUCCAACACAAUGCGGAGAUUUUUGCUAAAUUUUUUAGAGAUGCAACUGAAAAGAAAAUCUUCGUUGAAGCUUCACACAUGUAUGACAAUGCAGCAGAAGCCUGCAGCAACCCAGAAGAUGUGUUUAACCUUUCUCCCAGGCCUGGCUCACCACUCAAUAAUUCAAACUGCUUUGACUAUGAGGAGGACAUUGAAGGUCCGCCACCCUAUGUUGCACUUCAAGAUGAAACUUCUGGGCCUCCAUUGGCAAAAGAGCACCCUAAGCUCUUAAUGGACCUUGAAGGGAAUGACAGUUAUUCACUAUAUAGCACUCCCAGCUCUUUUGAGAGGCUAAAUAACAAAGUACCUCCUCCUGUAAAACCAAAGCCAAUGGUACAUUUUGACAAACUGAUGAAGAAAAUGGAUUCCUCUGAAGGAAAGGAACUAGUCAGCAAAGAAAUGCCGAGAAAGCCUUCGACAGUAAGUUGGGCACCUUCUGAUGAUGGAUCAUAUACAUCUGAUUAUGCAGAACCAAUAGACACUUUGGUGAGACCAAGAGGGGAUGAAGAGAAUAUCUACUCAGUACCACAUGACAGCACCCAAGGCAAAAUUAUUACAAUUCGGAAUUCCAUUUCUGCAAAAUCACAAUCAAAUGGAAGUGGUAAUGGGUCAGAUAGUGAGAUGGACAUCAGUUCUUUGGAGCGCCAGAGAAAACUCUCCUCUGUGAGCAAACCAUUGUUGUACAGAGACCGGUCCAAGAGAUUAGGCAGGUUUGCAAGUUACCGAACAAGUUUCAGUGUUGGUAGUGAUGACGAGCUUGGGUCUGUGUCAUCACAGAAGAAAGCAGAAGCUGAUUCUUCACUUCCUAAGGGAGAUACUGCAACAAAUACAUUUGAACCGGAUGGAGAUGAGUCAAAGCGAGGGAAGCUGCUUCGUAGUUUGAGAAGGCCAACAUCAAGGAAACCCAAGCCCAAACCUCGACCUUCUAUUUCAAGGAGUACUUGGGAAAGCAAUUAUUUUGGAGUGCCUCUGGCUUCUGUGGUAACACUGGAAAAGCCUAUUCCUGUCUUCAUCGAGAAAUGCAUAGAAUUUAUUGAUUCUAAUGGUCUGGGCACAGAGGGCAUUUACCGUGUCAGUGGGAACAAGUCAGAGAUGGAAAGUCUCCAGAGGCAAUUUGAUCAAGACCACAACCUUGUUCUACAAGAGAAGGAUUUUGCGGUGAAUACAAUAGCUGGAGCAAUGAAAAGCUUCUUCUCUGAGCUUCCGGAGCCACUGGUCCCAUAUAGUGCACAGGUCGAAUUGGUAGAUGUCAGCAAACAGCCUGAUAAGGAGCUGAAGUUGAAUGCACUUAAGGAAGUGUUGAAGAAGUUUCCAAAAGAGAAUUAUGAGGUCUUCAAAUAUGUCAUCACCCACUUAAACAAGGUCAGUCAGAACUGCAAGUUGAACCUGAUGAACAGUGAGAAUCUCUCCAUCUGUUUCUGGCCCACACUUAUGAGGCCUGACUUUCAGACCAUGGAUGCUCUGACAGCUACCAGGACGUACCAGACUAUCAUCGAGCUCUUCAUCCAGCAGUGCCCUUUCUUCUUUUACGAAAAGCCAAUAAUGGAGCUGAUCAGUGCUGUUCCCAGUUCUCCCACUUCGAACACUGCCUUUCAGUGCCCAUCACCUGUAACAAUGAUUCCUUCACCACCACAGUCGCCUCCCCCAACACCUUAGAGGCCACUUCAACAUCUGUGAACACAACUGCAGACGGAACGGCCAAGUAAACUGUGAAUUGGGUUAUAAAUAUGCCAGGUAUCAUAACUGGGUUUUUCAAAACUGCCUUGGGUUAUGAUACCCUUUUCUGUUGUACAGAGCAGUGUAAUCAUAGUUAAAACAAAUGACAUGGCACUAAGAAAAUUGAUUAAAUACCCAAAUACUGCAGUGACUGCAAAAGGAAAAGUCCAUGACUUCAUAGUGGGUUCUGUGAAAUGCAAAUAGCACAGAUUCCACUACAGAGUGGUUUCUCAAAAUGCACAAUGUUUAAACAGUUAAUUAUACAGACAAACUCUACUGCUUAUUUAAUUUAAACUUGUUCCCUUCUAAGCCAAUAUAGAAAGUUGCUUUAUUUACUUUUGGUUAGUGCCAACUCUUGCUUAGAGAAUUGUUUUUGAGAUCACGUGCUGCUAUUUUAACCUUUAUUAAAAAUAAACGCGAAUUUCAUGCGGACUGUUAAUUCACAGCAGACAUGCCCAUUGGGCACAGCCUCGUGGUAAUAUUUGUGAAUGCGAGGUGUGAACAUGAGCAGUUAUCCUAGGUAGAAUGACCAAGCCCAGCAUGUAGAUGUACAUCUGUGAAGAUGGUUCAUUUGGGAAGCCAUUCUAACCUUGGGGCAUUUGCUUUAAGGAAAGAACACUAAAUUAAUGUUAUGAUAAAAUCUGUGUCCUAAGGUUCUGUAGAGCUUGUAGUAAAGAGGUUUGUCUGUAUAACAAUGAUGUGAGCAGCUGCAUGAAAGUGCUUUGUGCAAAAGGAGAUUUUAAUGCUGGUUUUCCCAAUAUCCAUACAGCUUCAGUGGCUGAUGUCUGUGGAACUUUAGAACCUCUUUUGUCUCGUUCUCACUAGCUUGAUCUGUUCUGGUUCGCAAUUGCCCAAUUUGGUCCCUGGCAGAAUCCAAUUGAAACGGUCCUGGAUCAUUUGCCGUUGGGCAGAAUUUCCUCCUCCUUCCAUGCUUGCCCUAUCUUUAGGACCACAUUUGUUGCCUGUCUCUACUGCUGCCCCAUCUUUACCCUUCUUUGUUAACUAGCCAGACCUGAUGUGUAGUGCCAGGUAGGAGCCUCUUGAUGCAAAAGGACAACCUAUUGCCAACUAAAAGUGUCAGCCAACGUUACGUCAAAUUUGCCCAUCACUUUAAAUGAUUAGUGUGAUCCCCUAUCCCCUUUUUAGGUUGCGCAAAAGUUAAACAUAUCUUGGCUGGUGCCUUGCAUCCGUCCAGGCAGGAGUUAAGGUGCUUUAGGAUGUGGCUUUCUCUGAACUGGCUUUUUUUUGUUAAACAAUAAAUAAUUUAAAUGCUUGAAUGGCAUGUUAGCACAUGCAUGGUUUAUCACAAUGUUUUAUAACCAUCCUGAGGUGUGUCACUUUUGAUGUGUAUCACAAAGACCUUUCUGCCCAGUGAUGUCUACUAGAAAAGCAAAUACGCAUGGACUGUAUUGCGCAGCACUGUGAUAGAUCCUGUGCUUGAAUAGCUUCACUCUGCUGAAACUUGAAGAAUGGCCAAAUUUGCAAGAUAUUGUAGGGUGGCCAUUGCCCACAAAAUCAUACCUCAGCACCAAUCAGUGCCUAAAGGAUAUAGAAUGGGGGCUGGAAGAGAAUCAAAAAUAUGAACAGGUACAACUAAAUGCCUGAGCAACUCCAGUCCUGAAGCAGUUCACUUUCAAGGUUAGUGUGAAGGCUGCAUAAGGGGUCCUCUUAAAAUAUAUAUAAAUAAAUAUAUAUAUAUUGAGGUUUUAUAAUCCUAAAGUUCAAAUUCCACAGCGCCAGGUCUGAGAACCUACAUUACACAUGACACUGUAAAUGCAAGAAUUCAUUGUUUAAUGAGCUGAGCAGCAGUUGCUAUGAAAUAUGCCGUUGUUCAUUAACACUACCAUUAUUUUUAGCGAUUUGUUCUUUGAACUAUUCAGCUCCUAUCUGGAGUUUGUAACAAAUCAUAUGUUUCAGUCAUGAGGCAAAUUCAUCAAUACCUGGCCAGUGUGUUCUUAGCAUUUCUUUUCCCCCGUAGGGCUGUGCCAGUGAAUCAAUUUUAAAACACUUAGUUGAUCGAAGUAUUCAGCUCUGCCAAUUUGGGUAUGGUACGUACAGUUAUGGUCUCUCCAAUAACAGAACAAACACUAAAAUGUUAUGUGUUUGUGUGUGUGUGGUUUUUGUAACUAGUCAAUGUUGUGCGUAUUGACUGACUGGGCAAAAUGUGAAGUGGACAACCCAGAUCCAUUGUUUCCAUAUAAGAUGCUGACAAUUUAUUCCAUUUUAUAUCUUUUGUUUGAAAUGUAUAUUUCUAAAUAUUUAAGAAUGGAUUGUACUGAUUCUGUCAAACGUGUUGGCGCAGUCCUUGUCUCCCAGUUUUGAUCCUAAUGACUGGUAGUUAUUAGGAAGAGUUAAUUCAUAUAAACCCAUCAACAAUUACUGAUUGAUUAAUGAUUCCAAAAUUUCCAAGUUAACAAAGUUUUGCUUCAUUAGGAAGGCCUGGCUUAGCUUUGAAGCCUGCUAUUAAAAAGCUGGCAAUUGCCUGAGUGUCUCCAUUCCUAACUCAUCCGUUUCUGAAUUAGAAGCGGGUAUGGCAGAUGAGUAAAAGGAGCUGCAGUCUAAUCAUUUUUUAAAAUUAUAGACUAUUUAUGAAAUAGAUUGGUACGGUUUUAUCUGAAAUUGCAAUUCCUCACACAGCUGAUGACCAGCAAGUCUAUCAACAGCAGAAGCUAUGCUGUCACGUACAUGUGAGGAAGAGAAGUACCUCCUGAAAAUAGAUUGAUUUGACAAAUCUGGCUUGAUGUUGACUAAAUGACUAGUGUUGCACUGGAUCUUGUCUGCAGCAUUUGGGCAUUAAUUCCUUUUCAAGUUGGGUGGUACUCCCUUAAAAGGGAUUGGAAGCUAAGUUACCCUUUUGAGGAUGAGCAGGCUGUUUAAUUUUCUGUUUAUGUCCUGAAUUUGGAUCAAAAAUUGAAUGAAAUUGGCUCAAAACAAAAUUGUGGGGCUUUUUGUGUUUGAUAUCCGAAAACUUUAAGAGCUAAAUCAGUGAGUGAAAAUAAAAUAUUUUAGUGAAACUGUCUUCACAGUUUGGAUGAUAUCAAAAGGAGUUAGUGUGUAGCAAUAACUUGGAUUCCAUGUCUCUUUCAAGACCUCACCACCACACGUGGCAAGUCAUUCCCUCAAGCAUCAGUGAAGAAAGAAGCCAAUGAUUUACUGAACCAUUGAUUAUUUUUAAAUUUUUCCUCUCUUAACUGUUGGAGGAACGAUAUUGGUGUGUGUGCAAAGCACCAGAUAACAGCUAUAAACAUCAGAGCCUUAUUGGGUUUUCUAAAAUAGCCUCUUUAUGCAAAAAGUAUCAUCCAAAAUAAUUGUUGGGUUUAAACUAAUUUGAACCCAAAUUUAGAUGUUUUACAGAUCAGUUUUUACAUGGGAAUGGGAAAUUGCCCUUGAAACUGAGUGCUGAAUAUGCUCCUGCCAUGUUUUACCUUGCUGGAACUUCAGAAUUGGAUCAUUAUGGGGAAAGAGUCUGUUAGAAAUGAGGAGUCUCUGGUUCUCAGUAGAUUCAUGCACAAAGGAGAGCUGCUUACAUUUAUUUGUGUCUUUCACAUCUUGCCAAUACCCUGCAAACAUCUAUUUGUAUGGAGCCUUGCUCGUCCAGUAAACUGCAUCUUACUAACCUGUGCUAUAUAAAUGUGAUGAAAUUUCUUUGUGACAUUUCCAGUAUUUUGGAACUCUGUUAAAAGUUGCAAUAAUCAUCGUGUCUGUUUUCUUCCAAAGGGAGUAAUACUACAGAUUUUCCUCCUCCCCCUUCCUCCUCCCCCUUCCUCCUCCCCCUUCCUCCUCCCCCUUCCUCCUCCCCCUUCCUCCUCCCCC